UUUUAUUGAGUAACGAAAAUCAAUCAAUCUUCUAUUCAUGACAUGACUAUGUAAACGAAAAACAAAUUCAGCUAUGCAGUGUUUCAGCAUCUUCUCUCAUUAUCAUUGAUGGAUAUUUGUGGUUUGGUAACUGCCCACUUGAAUUUAAACCAAUGCACAAUUUGUCCAAAUUGGAUAGUUUAGGAUUUAGGCAUGCACACACACACAAACACACACACCGCUCAGCUUGAAAAAUGCACCGAUCCUGCAUUGAUGGAGCUACGAGAUGAGCUGAACUGUCUGGGGAUAAGUAGGUCAGCAGUGCUGAGGUGACAGCAUGAAGCAUCCCAUUGGCUGGUAGGAUGACUCAUAGGAGAAAGAGCCUUAGACAAACUCCAGACAAAAGCAACCCUGUUAACACUGAAUUACCAACAAUGACAUGUUUGAUAGCGAGAACUUUUACUCAGACCGAAUGACUACAGGCCAGACUGAUUUAAUAGGAUCUAAUAAAUUGGACAACAGAUAGCAGCGAAGUAGAAUAUUCAAGUCUCAAGAUGGAGGUGGAACGACAGGAAGCUGCAUCGGAAGAGACCUUCUCUAAAGCAGUCCAAGACAACCCCGAGGACAAGAAGACCCAAGGUCACACGUGUGAACUAUGUGGAAGGAGUUUUCCGUUCCUCAGCUCCUUGUCUCAGCAUAUGAGGAAGCACACUGGGGAGAAACCGUACAAGUGUCCCCACUGUGAGCACCGCUCGGCUCAGAAGGGCAGCUUGAAAGCCCACAUUCGUAGCCAUAAACUGGACGGCCUUAGCCAGAACGCCGGAGGGGAGGAGGAAGAUGCAGACAUGGAGGGGGAGAAGGAAGGAGGGGUACCUGAGGAUCAAGGGGGUUGUUCUAGUCCAACUGAAAGCACGUCAGCCUGCAACAAAGUUGUCAGUGGCGAGGAUACGUCCAAAACGAGAAAGAAAGGUGGAAAGAAGGAAAGGACCUCCGGUGAGAACGUCAAACAGUCCUUGCAAUGCUCUUUGUGCAGGAAGAGACUUCCCAGUCAGACAGAGCUCGAACAGCACAUGCAGGAGUUUCACAAAGUCUUCCGAUGUGAACUGUGUCCGUAUGAGGCCUUGCAGGAAGACCAGCUGCAGACUCAUGUUGAGAAGGUACAUCCUAUUGAAGAGGAAGCCGUCACCAAAGAAGCCGAAGGGGAGUUUCCAUGUGAACAAUGUGAUCAGGUGUUCACUCAAGCCUGGUUCUUGAAAGCUCACAUGAAGAAGCACCAGAACAGCUUGGAUCAUGGGUGCCGGAUCUGCGGGCGACGUUUUCGUGAGGCCUGGUUUCUACGAAGUCACAUGAAGACCCACAACAUCAAGUUAAAACCAAAGAACGAAACUUACCGUCCUGCUACGGUCAAUGAGGUAGCGCAAGAUGAGUCCAACUUGGUGAAUGAGGUGUGUCAGUAUGAACUCUGUGCCAAGUGCGGUAACUUCUUCCAUGACUGCAAAAGCUUGCAUUUGCACGAGCGGGUCCACAGAAACAUCGAGCAGGCCCACAGCGAGAUCAGUAAUAAGGACUUUGCGUCUGUCACCAAAACAAGCUUCUUGGAGUUCCUCAAUUUAAAACCAGCAGGAACGGGAGAGAACUCCACUGAGGAGACUCUUGGAAAAAGAAUCCAAGAGCUGGAUCCAGUAAGUAGCUACCAGGCUUGGCAGCUGGCCACCAGAGGCAAAGUGGUGGAGGUAUCAGAGAAGAGCUUGGGUUGGGAGGAGAGGUUAGCGGAUGCAGAAGUAGCGUACGACAGGGAGAAGGGCGAGUACAUCCUGAAAAGACAGGACAAGAGGAAGAAAUCACUUGAUUCCUCCUCUGCUAUCCCAGCCAAGAAACGCAAAGGGCCAGGAGCCAAUGGCUCCUGCACGGAUCAACACAGCAAUGGAGAAAGGAACGGCCAGGCCUCAAUAGGUGAGCGAAGCCCGGAGAUUCUGAGUGAUUCCGAGUACCGCCCUACUUCUCGCCCGAGCCGCAAGAAUUUGCAGAAAACCUCAGAGUGCAUGGAGUGUGGAAAGGGUUUCCGCACGCAGCAACAGAUGGUGAUUCACAUGCUCAUCAGACAUGGGGGCUUGAGUGAAGCCAUUGGUGGAAAUGGACUGUUUCGGAAAGCAGGGUCGAGUCCAUCUAAAGCAGGUGAAUCAGCAGGACACAUCAGGGAUCAGAGAAGCACUGGGUCCUCUGGGGACACGGAUAAAAAGCCAUACACCUGUGACCACUGUGACUUUUGCACCUCGGAGCCCUCAGCCAUCGCCACUCACGUCCAAACUCAUCAUUUGGCCCUCACGGAGUGGGACCAGAGGAGUGAUGCCUUAUCCAGCACACUCAGCCAAAGCCAAACUCACCAAACCAACCACACGGGCUUCCCGAGACUGAGAAAUGCCCUGCUGCAGCAGCCCUACUGGCCCUAUGCCACCUCAACUCACCUGGAGAGGGCAUCACUGAGCGACACGGUUUCAUCUGCUUCAAAGAGAGAGAAUGAAAAGAGCAAAGGGCUGGAAGACGGCAAGUCCAUGGAUAAAGUGGAUGCCAGUCUGCUUAAUCUCACUGUGGAGGUGGAUCUUGAGAAGGCGGACAUUUCAUCUUCAGUGUCGAACAGUUUGGUUAAACACCAGUGUCCUUAUUGCUCCUAUGCAACAUUGUAUCCAGAAGUUCUCUGGAUCCACCAACGAAUUGCACACAAAGUUGACAGCACUACGUUGGUGCCCAAGUGGGCGCCGAAAAAUGUUCUCAAGGGGCCUAAAUCACUUCUUGAAAUAAAGAGACGCACCGGGCCGCCUCCGUUUCUGGAGGGUAAGGACUGUCCCUCUUUGCCCCAGAUGAGAACUUGUCGAACGAGCCCACCUGAUUCCAGCCCUGGAGGGACAAAGAAAUCGAAAUCUCUGAUGAGCAGCAUCGAGUCUAGUUCUUCGCGAAACAAGCGCUGGCACACAGCCACAGCACCAGGGGCGUCGUUGCACUCUUCCAAACACAAAACCAGCAAGUCCACGACAGAUGAGUUGGCAGGCAGCAAACACAAAGCAGACAUCUGUCAAAACGGUUCCUUGCGGCCCACGCCGAGUCCGCAGAAGACUGGAAACCAAAAGACAGGGAGUAGAGUGAUGGAAAGUAGUCUGCUACCUCAAGAAGGACUUCAUUUUAUGCUCUCCAGCAAACACAACCUCUCAGAUCAAAGGAGCUCCAAAGCCAAUGUUCCUCAGAAUCCUGGGAGAUCGGAUUCUCAGGAUACGCAGUUUGUGGCUGGGUACGAGUCCUGGAGCAGGCUGGGUUUAAGUGGACCAUCUUCACACACUCAGUCCAGGAAGCAGUCAUCAGCGGACAGUCCAGAGGCCGUGACGGACAUCUUGAGCUUUUUGAAGAACUGCAGCCCUCAUGAUCUAGCAGCGCUUUACCACCACUGGGGCUUCAGCAACGCCAUGGCAGAGCAAGCAGGGUUGGCGAGGUCAGGGUCUCAGCAGGGGGAAUAUGUGUGUCCUGUGUGCAGGAAGAGCUUCAGUCAGCCCAGCCACUACCGCACACACAUGAGAUCACACACAGGUGAGCGACCUUUCCAGUGCCGAUACUGUCCUUACAGCGCCUCGCAGAAAGGUAACCUGAAGACCCAUGUCCAGACUGUGCAUCGUCUAGCCUUUGACAACGCGCAGUACCCCGACAGGAGACUCCGGCAAGCCCCUACGAAUGACCCUACGGAUCCCAGCAGCCACGGGUCAUCUCAUUGAGCCAUCACACCCCCACCCCUCCAGUCAUCUCAUCGGAGAGUUGAAAACUGCUGUAUAAGUCAUCGAAGGUCCAUGAAAACGGUUUCGCACAGCGUGGUGCAUGAGUACGGUCAAAUGUGCUUACAGAAACCAACUCCUUGAGUAAUUAAAAGACUUUUAUUAACUAUUUUUAGAGAUUGGCGAAGGAUUUGUUGAGUUGUACUUUUAGUUUAGUUUGACUUUUUGUGUAACCUUAUUAUUUUAACCCGACGUGAAGUUCUGGAUUCAGCCGAGGAGUGUGACAGAGGAACAUAAACCAUGCAAAACAGACCAAACCAAAUCACGACAUGUUUGCCACAUGUUUACACCUCUUUAAUCGAGAACUUCUGAAAUACUUGAGGGCUAAAGCCUCCACGCCACAAGGUCAAAAUCAAUGGAUUACUGUAUGAUUGAGACUUGUGUUGUCGAACACAAGAACUUCAGCUGACCCCCUAAACUUGAAAUGCUGCCUCUGAAUACCCUGAAUGACUAGAUGUUAAAAGUGGCAUAAGCGUUUUCAGAGAAUCACUGUUGAAAAUUGAGAUCAACGCCCAAACAUGCAACACUUUGAAUAUUUGCUGAUUUUCUGUGCGUUAAAAUUGUUGCUAGCACAUAGGCUGUUUAAAUAUGAGAAAGACAAAAGUGGAUUUGACCGAUCCACACAACACCAUAACACUCUUAGCGAAUCAGCAAUAAGCUCAUGAACGGGGAGAAGACAGCAAGUGUUUGUUAAAAAAAAAUGUAAGGGCGGAGCAAUAAAGCAAGGGGUGUAUUUGUUUGGGUAUUGAUUUCAAAUAUCAACAGAAUUUCUCUGGAAUUACUUCUCUGAAAUAGCCUUAGUGUGCAGUGUGUAAUCGUGUAGAUGCGUGGGUGUGUGCGAUUGUGUUUCCACACCUUUUUCUUCUCAGGACUUGAGUUCGACACGAUUCCAAAGUCUCCAUUCGUUCAAACCAAGAUCUUGUGCGGUGAAAUUCAGUACCUAGGUUUGAGAUUUGGUAAAUAUAGGCAUAUGUGUAGACAAGUGUGUUUUGUUUGGACAAGCACAUGGCACUCUCAUCAAAAUAUGUUUCUUGAAUAGUUUGUUUUGUGGAUUGAAGUAUUUAUGUGGAGCAGCUGUAAUACUUGUGGGGUUCCACUUGCGUCAUGUUGCGUGACAGCGCAAGAAAAAAAUCAUGACAGAAAUCAUCUCUCUGAAGAGUUGAAGACACAUGCCAUAUUUUGUGUUAGUGUCAUUUGAUUGGUCCAACAAAGUCAGGUCAAAAUUUUAUUGUGUCUGCAUUUCAUUUUUAAUGUAGCUUAAACACGUUUUCAUGUAUUUCUUUAUUCCAUAACACAUGUUUGCCUCAGAUUUUUGCAUCCCAAAAACAUACAGAAGACGGAAAUAGGAACUUAAUUUAAUGGCGUGUCAUGUCUUAAAAGCCAUGCUACAAUGCUCCAGUUUUUAAUGAAGGAACGAUUUGAAUAUUAACGUACAGAAUUGAAGUUGUCUGUAUAAUUGUUUAAAUUAUUGCAUAGAAGCUAGUAUUUAGUGCAACAAUUGAGUAGUGUGUUUUAUAAAGUUACGUAUAAAGCUUUAGGAUGCCAUAUUUUUUAGAGGUUGAAUACUUAAAGAAAUUCUUGGCCAUAUAUUUCGAUGGAUGUCGUAUGAGGUAAAUUAGACAUUGAUGAAUAUAGUCACACACUGCUGUAGACGUUUAGUCAAAAUGAACAUUUAUCUAGAGCGUUUAUAUUGCCUAAAUCAAUGUGUGGGAAACUAAUCCAAGAAAACUAACAUCAUAAGUUUUGUUCUCUUAUUAAAAACCUCAAGUGUAAAUCCAUGUUGAUGUGCAGCAGUCAAAUAAAAUUGAACCCAAAAAUGCUGCACGCAGAGGUGACCCAGGACAUGAAGGCACUUAACUUUUUGGUAGCUCCAUCGAGACUCCAUGUUCCUGCAUAUGGUAUCUUGAAAGUUGCGUUGCAUGGAAUAUGACUGUUUUUAUAGCAAUUUACUAACAGCGAAUCAAAAAAUGACCUAUAGGACAAAAGAAACAUUCAUAGUUUUUCCUAUUUUUAAUAAAUUGUAACCCCUGAGUACUAGACACGAGAGAUGAAAACUAAGUAUCAUGUUACAUUUGCAAUUGGAUUGUUUCUUUCUUUGCGUAACACUAUUAAUUUUGUGGUUUUCGUAGAAACUAGUUGAAUGUAUGGAAUGUAUUUCGUGUGGUUAAGAGUUCCCCCCCUCAUCUUUUGUUUCCGACGUACACAGAACUGUCAUUCUCAGAUAUCCAUCUCAUACAUUGUUUGUUUGUUAAAGUUUUGAACCACCUAAAUUAAACUUGAUCCCUGACAUUACCUCUGAAUGGUGUUAAUAUUGACCUAUAUAGAAAAUGAAAAGGUAGUAUGAUGCUGAUACAUGGUCAUCCAAAAUGUUUGCAUUUCAAUGGUGCGGUACUCUAUGGAGUAUAUGUUAAGCCUUUGGCUAUACCAUUUUUACAAAUGUUAAAUAUCUAAUACACUUUACACACAGCCAAAUUAAACUGUUUGCAAAAUUGCAUUUGAUUCUACCAGGCAUAUCUCUUC